GGGCGACGCUCACCCUUACCCCAGGGUCUCUCCGGUUCCACCAAUCAGCGAGCGCCCUGUUGGCCGUCCGCGACUCCCGCGCCCCUCCCCCUCCCGCCGGCCUCCGCUUCCCAGAAUCCAAGAUGGCGGGAUCCAGGCAGCGGGGUCCCCAGGCCAGAGUUCAGCCGCUUUUCUGCGCUCUGCUGCUGUCGUUCAGUCGCCUCGUCGGGAGUGACAGCGUGGGAGGCGACCCCGCGGCCGCUGGCGCCGCAGGCACCCCCGCCUCGCCGGCGCAUCGCCGUUUCGAGUACAAAUACAGCUUCAAGGGGCCGCACCUGGUGCAGAGCGACGGGACCGUGCCAUUCUGGGCCCAUGCGGGGAAUGCUAUUCCAAGUUCAGAUCAAAUUCGAAUAGCACCAUCUUUAAAAAGCCAAAGGGGAUCGGUGUGGACAAAGACAAAAGCAGCCUUUGCGAACUGGGAAGUUGAGGUGACAUUUCGAGUGACUGGAAGAGGUCGAAUUGGAGCCGAUGGCCUGGCAGUGUGGUAUACAGAAAAUCAAGGCUUGGAAGGUCCUGUGUUUGGAUCAGCUGAUAUGUGGAAUGGUGUCGGAAUAUUUUUCGAUUCUUUUGACAAUGAUGGAAAGAAAAACAAUCCUGCUAUAGUAAUUAUAGGCAACAAUGGACAGAUCCAUUAUGACCAUCAAAAUGAUGGUUCUAGUCAAGCUUUAGCAAGUUGCCAGAGGGACUUUCGUAAUAAACCCUAUCCUGUCCGGGCAAAGAUUAUAUAUUACCAGAAAACAUUGACAGUAAUGAUCAAUAAUGGCUUCACACCAGAUAAGAAUGAUUAUGAAUUUUGUGCCAAAGUGGAAAAUAUGAUUGUCCCUGCACAGGGGCAUUUUGGAAUAUCUGCUGCAACUGGAGGUCUUGCAGAUGACCAUGAUGUCCUUUCUUUUUUGACUUUCCAAUUGACUGAGCCUGGGAAAGAGCCGCCUGUACCAGAUAAAGAAAUUUCAGAAAAAGAAAAAGAGAAGUAUCAGGAGGAAUUUGAGCACUUUCAACAAGAGUUGGAUAAGAAAAAAGAAGAAUUCCAGAAGGACCACCCUGACCUUCAAGGGCAUCCUGCAGAUGACAUAUUUGAGAGUGUAGGAGAUCGUGAGCUGAGACAAAUCUUUGAAGGACAGAAUCGUAUUCAUCUUGAAAUCAAGCAGCUGAACCGACAAUUAGAUAUGAUUCUUGAUGAACAGAGAAGAUACGUCUCUUCUUUGACAGAGGAGAUACCCAAGAGAGGAGCAGGAGUCCCAGGGCAGCAUGGACAGAUCACUCAACAAGAACUGGAUACUGUUGUGAACACACAGCAUGAAAUUCUGAGACAAGUAAAUGAAGUAAAGAAUUCCAUGAGUGACACUAUCAGACUGGUCAGUGGCAUACAGCAUCCUGGAUCUGCAGGGGGAGUUUAUGAGACAACCCAGCACUUCAAUGACAUCAAAGAGCACCUUCACAUAGUAAAGCGAGACAUAGAUAACUUAGUGCAGCGAAAUAUGCCAUCAAAUGAAAGACCGAGAUGCCCAGAACUACCACCAUUUCCAUCAUGUUUAUCUACAAUACACUUCAUUAUAUUUGUAGUGGUACAAACGGUGUUAUUCAUUGGUUAUAUCAUGUAUAGGACUCAGCAAGAAGCAGCUGCCAAAAAAUUCUUUUGACCACCAGUUUCAUAUGUGUACAUCAUGCGUGUAUGUACAAAAUGUUGUCUUUUUGAGGGAAUUUAAGUGUUUAAAUUGCUUUAUAGUCUAAAUUAUUAAAUUUUGUAUAAAAUAACUUGAUUUGCAGUCAGAAUAAACCUUAAAGACAACCACAUGUAAAUUUGUGCAUAGUACAUAAAAUCUAUUUAAAUGUCAGUGAAUUUCUGGCCAGUAAAAUAGGGCCACUGAAAAGAAUAUUGAUAAAUAAGGGGGUAAAUCAUAGAAAAUGGGGGCAGCCCCCAAUGUGAAAGUUACCUCUGAGUCUGAUGUUGGAGGUCUCUUUAUUUAACUAAAUGCACUUGUCUUCCUGCCCCCCAGAAUGAGGUUUCUUUAAGCUCCCCAUUAUAUUUAGUUGGAAACCAAAGUCUUUUUGUUAGAGGUCAGAAUUUCCCAUUCUAAGACCCAGUCCUGCAAUCUAAUGUAACUCCAUUGAAAAGUCAAAGAAUAUUUUGUCUGAGAACUUUAGGAUCUAGAUAAUAGGCUUCAGAAUUUUUACUGAAGUAUUUUUUUCCCCUCAGAUUAUCAAUGAUAUGUUUCACUUUUAAAGGAAAUUUUGGGGGAAAAUUAAGAGCUGCUUUUUGCCUGAAAAAGCAUUUAGGUGAAUGACAACAAGCCUCAUUGUUAUGGGUAUUUUGCCUGGUAAUGCGUUCACUUCGUGACUGCUCAUACUCUUCAGUAUCUUCUCUUCAGCAGUGUCAGCUCAUUAUGCAGGUACUUUUGCAUUUAUAAUUGUAAUUUAAGGAAUGCAUUUAUCCUGUUUUAUUCAGCUCAGACUGCAUGUCCUGAGGAUACUUUUAAGUUCACAAAGCUUACCACUACGUUCUAGUUUACAUUACUGCAUACAGCCUGGUCUUUGUGGUACUGUACAUACUCAUCUAAAUCAAGGAGGCUGCAGGAGAAAGAGUGUUAAGAUUUUGGAAGGCAAAAUUUGGAAAAUAGAGUUAAUACUUCUGAUUACUUUCUUUGAACCAAGGAUAUUAUGAAGCACUUACUGACCUUGAGGUGUCAGACCAGGAGGGCCUGUGGUAGUCUUUGUACAUAGUUGUCCUACAUAUACAAGACACAGUCUGUAAAUGACAUUUUAAAAUGCAGACUUCAUUUUGUUUUCACAGCUGACAUAGACCUUUUUGCUGGCUUCAAAACAGUCUUUCAGUAGUGACAUGGUUAUCUUUCAUUUGUCACAGAAUCCAAAAUCACUGUUUUUAUAAAACAGUACUAUUUAAUUUUUCCAAGCUUUCAUAAAUUUACAUUUCACAAGUCAUUUACAGGUUGUGCUAACUGCCUGAAAUCUAUAUACAAAGACUCUGAAGAACUCUGCAUUAUAGCAAUACCUAUCUAGUACUGUGUACACAGACAGUCCUGGCACUGCUUUUUGUAUUAGCAUUUAUCCUAGAACACUGAAAAAAGAACAUUCUGAUUACUCACUGUAUUUAUGGUCACUUCAGCAUAGAAAUGCUUCACACUAGUGUUUCUCCUUUGGAGCAUUAACAUUUUGAAAUUCAUGUUUCAGAGAUAUCAUCACCACAGAAUUAACUCUUACUUAAUCUGUGAAAAAAAAUUAAUACCUUCAGAAGCAUACUUAAGUUGUAGACUGUGAAACUCGGGAAAUCCUCUUGAGAUAAAAGACUGCAAAAUAUCCAGUAUUUUAAAAUCCAUGGUCCCAUGUGCCUAAAUUUGUUCAAAGGAAUAUCAGAUCUAUGCCAUAUACAUUUUUCAGACUGAACUUCAAGAGGAACCAUUCUGAUCAUUCCUAAUAAGUGGAGACAGCUGUUAGGAAAGAACAUGGCAUGACUCUGUUUUUUGCUUAGUAAUCUAAUUUGAAAAUGAUUCAUUAAAGCAUUUCACACAGGGUGUUUAUAGUAUUUGAAAUUUGGUUUAUUUUCCUCAAAAUCAUUGACUCCGAGUAACUCAUUUCUAAAGAAAAAUGUUUGUGGAAAAACCAAUCACACUGCCAGGAUUCUUUCAUUUCUGUACUAUUUUUUAUAAUUGAAUUUGUUAACUUUUCUCACACCAGCAAGUAUUUUAAAGGUGCCUUGGAUUAAAACAAAAUUGAUUUAAAAAUUUUAGUAUGUCAUUGUGCUUAUAAUGCCACUUGUAAAAAGAAAUGAAAUUAUGUAAUGGCUAAUAUACCCUAUUUAGUGUACCUACUUGUGUUCCAAUUGAAUGUUUUAUUCAGCUUGAAACUUGACUGUGAAGCUACAAACAGUAAACAAAAAGGGAUAUCAGUGUUUCUCAAAAGGUGGUCCAUGGGCCAUGUGGCUCAUGGCGAGCUCAUUAAGAGUACAGAGUCCAGGGCUCCAUUCCAGACCACCUGAAUCAAAACUAAGGGGUGGGGCUUCAGAAUACCGGUUUUCAGCAAGCAACACAGGUGAUCUGAGCACUAAUGUUUGAGAACCACUAAGAAGGGUAGUGAAAAAAAGUUAAGUGGUGUGUUUUGUCAGUUUUAAGCUGAGCUGAGAGCAUAGUGUAACAUCUUCAUUGUCAAUGACGUCAGCAAAUGUGCACUGACUUUUAUACUUAAAAUUUGCUUAAGUGUUUUGUUUUUUUUUUUUAACUGAAACACUUGGUUAUUAGCAACUACAAACUAAGCCCAGAUUGUUGCCUGUAGCUCUUGGUACUUUGCUUAAUGGCUUUUAAACUUAAAAAGUCAUCUUCAGAUUGUGGCCAGGCCAUGAAAACUUGCUCUCAAAGUCUGUCUGCUAAAGUGUUUUGCUUUUCUGAUUGUGAUCUUUGUGACAUUUUAUCUCAGACAAUUGUACUUUUUGAUAACUCGGGGAAAGCAAAUUACUUGAACAAGGGAUUGCUUGACCAGGUGCAUUGCAGAUACAUUAAUUUUUGUAAAGAACAUAAGCAACAGUUGUGCAUAUGAAGAUGUGAUUGUCUCCUGUCCAUUUGGUAAACAAAUAAUUAUAUUGGGGAUUUUCUCAUUUAUAAGAUCUAAUGUAAAAUAACCAUGUGCAACUUUUUAGAUCUGUCUGUUGCCUGUUUAAUAUAUUCCUUUUAAAGUUUAAAAGGGUUUUCUAUCCAUUGUUAAUUUCAAUUGGAUAGCAUUUUGUCAAGUGUUUUUUCUGAUUGUUAUUUGAUGCUAGCUGGAAUUCAAGAAAUGACAUUGACCUUAUUCAAAUAAAGAAAUAUUUUAGUAAA